AUGAAGACGAGGGAGAUAAGGAGGGCAUACAGAUGUGUAUGUGAGGCACUAGAACCAGUGCCUCGAAACUCGGCACGCAUAGGAUCCAACCAAGAAGGUGAGGAAACAGAGGAGGCACAAAGGCCUCAGGCAGAGGAGGAAGAAGUGAGACAGGAGAAGGAAAGGGAGAAAAAGAGAAAGAGGGCAGAAGCAAGGAAGAUGAGAUUUGAAAAAGAGAGAGCAGAGAGAGCAAAACUAGAAGAAAUUGCUCGUUUGAAGGAAGAAGAGGAGAGAGCAGAUAGAGCAAGACAAGAAGAAAUUGCUCCAAAUGAAGGGGAAGACGCCCUUGAUGAUGAUGUGGGCGUAGCUGUUGAAUUCGAAGAAAAUGAAGAGGAUGAGGAGGAAGGAGGUGAUGUAGCUGCUCUGCCUCAGGGCGAGCCAGAGCAGCCUAGGACUGUGAAUAGGCACAUCUAUUUCCCUAGCCCAACUCCCAGUGCUACCACAUCAUCUAACUCUAGUGGUCGAGACAUAGAGAUCAUUGAACAAGAGACUCUUGACCAGUCUCCUAGUCCACUCGUGGAAGGUCCUCUUGCUGACUCUGAACCUGCCUUGGAACCCCUUCACGACGGAACAGCAGUAGUGCCCUCUCCCCCAAGAGAGACACAAGGAUCUGCUGGAAAUCCUUCCUCGACCACCAUCCCACAAGUCGAGACAGAAGGUGUCCUCGAAACAAAGAGUCACUCUGGUCCUUGUGUUGAGCCACAGGUUACCCCUACAACAUAUGUCACAAAGGACGAGUUCCAGUCCUUUGCCACCUCUGUGUUGUGCUCUUUGGAUGAGCUAAAAAUCAACAUGGCCCAUGUAGAGCCAUCUCCUUCUGCAUCUGCUUUGGAUGAAGUUCGAUCAUCCUUAGCAGUAUUGAGGGCUGAGUCUAUGACAAAUGCCUCUCGACUCGAUCGUUUACAAGAAUUGACGACAAACAAUGCAGAGACCCUGCAAAGGGUCCUUGCAUACAUUCAGAGGGAUGGAGCUUCCACUUCAUCUCAAGACGCUCAGGCACUCAUUCCUCUGAAUGUCCCUGUUGAUUAUGUCACCUAG